GACUGUCUGUGUCAUAAUUUUUUAAUGUGUUCUCAUUCCACCUCUAGGCCAUUGAGACACCAGCCUACAAACAACCCAAAUCCUUCCAAGGUUGCUCAGAAAGUGGGAGGAGCUGAUGUCUGUCCUCGCUGCUCUAAGUCUGUGUAUGCUGCUGAGAAAGUGAUCGGUGGUGGAAAUUCAUGGCAUAAGGGCUGCUUCCGUUGUGCCAAAUGUGGGAAAGGUUUGGAAUCGACUACAUUGGCCGAUAAAGAUGGAGAGAUCUACUGCAAAGCAUGCUACGCAAAGAACUUUGGUCCAAAAGGAUUUGGUUUUGGUCAGGGUGCUGGAGCACUAGCCCACACAUCAUGAAUGCUCUAUAAUUCUGUGUCUGCACUUGUACCCUCAUCAACAGAAGUUAAAUGAUCAGUGGCAGGCACUGCUGCUUUCCACUGCUAAGAAUGACAUGCUGCAGCUUUGACUAUGCAAUUUACGCAAGCAUAGGCAUGUGUGAUAUGUGUGUCUAGCAUAUGUUUAAACAAAACCAAAACUGAAUUGACACUUAUGCUGCUUUUGUAAACACUACAGACUCAUCAUUACAUUGCUGUAUGUUCUUAUACUUUUUUUUGGUGGUUAUUGCUCCUAAUAGGCUCACUGUGUAAUUGAGAAGGCUGUAAAGGGUAGCUGUGUGAUUGCUUUUUGUUUUGUCACAAUUAAUUAGUGGUUCUCACCUAAAUGUAUUAAAGGAAUAUUUAUAUCA